UGGGGACGUGGCGCCGCCGGCAGCCGGGCCUCCUUCCGGCUGUGUUGGAAGCCACGGGGGACCGCUGAGGACCAGGCCGGGCUGUGCAGAGGGACGAGCGGGCCUCAGGAUCCCGCUGCUGGCUUAGGAGAUGCCUGGGACUAGGAGGCCACCCUCUCAGAGCAAAAGGAAACGGAGGUGACAGACGUCCAGAUCACUGAAGGGAACCCAUGGCUAGGAUCAGUUUUUCCUACCUCUGCCCAGCCUCCUGGUACUUCACUGUACCCACAGUGAGCCCAUUUCUCCGUCAGCGGGUGGCAUUCUUGGGACUUUUCUUUAUUCCCUGUCUCCUUUUACUUCUCUUAAUCAUGGAUUUACGACAUUGGACCACUUCGUUACCACGAGAUAGGCAGUAUGAGAGGUAUCUGGCCCGGGUAGGAGACCUCGAAGCCACCAACACAGAAGACCCAAAUCUGAGUUAUGGACUGGUCGUGGACUGUGGCAGCAGCGGCUCCCGGAUUUUUGUUUACUUCUGGCCCAGGCAUAAUGGGAACCCCCAUGAUUUGCUGGACAUCAAGCAGAUGAGAGACCGAAACAGCCAGCCCGUGGUUAAGAAAAUAAAGCCAGGGAUCUCCGCAAUGGCAGACACUCCAGAACACGCUAGCGAUUACCUUCGACCUCUGCUGAGCUUCGCUGCCGCUCAUGUGCCCGUGAAGAAGCACAGGGAGACACCUCUUUACAUCCUCUGCACGGCGGGCAUGCGGCUGCUCCCCGAGAGGAGUUUAUGCAUGGAUUGGAAUCAACUUUGUUCUGGGAAGAUUUGACCAUGAAGAUGGUAUUUUGCCUUGUAUGGAAGUUCAGUUGGGAAUGCCAGUACUGGUGAAGGAAGAUCACUGUUGGGGGGAAGAAGCUGCCAAGAUCCUGCUGGCUGAGUUCAACCUGGGCUGUGAUGUGCAGCACACGGAGCAUGUGUACAGGGUUUAUGUCACUACCUUUCUGGGUUUUGGGGGCAACUUUGCCCGGCAGCGCUAUGAAGAUCUGGUGCUGAAUGAAACGCUUAACAAAAACAGAUUGCUGGGCCAGAGGACAGGCCUGAGUCCUGACAAUCCCUUUCUGGACCCCUGCCUGCCCGUGGGACUCACGGAUGUGGUGGAGAGGAACAGCCAGGUCCUUCACUUCCGAGGGAAGGGAGACUGGGCCACUUGUCGGACGAUGCUAAGCCCCCUGCUAGCCCGCUCCAACACCAGCCAGGCCUCACUGAACGGCAUUUACCAGUCACCAAUCGACUUCAACAACAGCGAGUUCUAUGGCUUCUCGGAGUUUUUCUACUGCACAGAGGAUGUACUGCGCAUCGGAGGCCGCUACCAUGGACCGACAUUUGCCAAGGCUGCUCAGGAUUACUGUGGCAUGACUUGGUCGGUGCUAGCCCAGAGAUUCAAGAAUGGCCUCUUUUCUUCACAUGCAGAUGAGCAUCGACUCAAGUAUCAGUGUUUUAAGUCAGCUUGGAUGUAUGAAGUCCUUCACGAGGGGUUCCACUUCCCCUACGACUACCCAAACCUGCAGACAGCGCAGCUGGUGUACGACCGAGAGGUGCAGUGGACGCUGGGCGCAAUUCUGUAUAAAACCCGAUUCCUGCCACUCAGGGACCUCCGGCAGGGAGGAGUCCGGCAAGCCCACGGCAGCUGGUUCCGCCUUUCUUUUGUCUACAACCACUAUCUCUUCUUUGCUUGUACGCUGGUGGUGCUUCUGGCCAUCGUCUUGUACCUUCUGCGCAUCCACAGAAUUCACCGCAGACAAACCCGAGCCUCGGCUCCACUGGACCUGCUGUGGAUCGAGCAAGUGGUGCCGAUGAUUGGGGUGCAGGUGGGGCCGUGAGGCUGGAGCGGAAGUGGAGAAACUCCAGUUCCUUCGGAUUGCUGCUGCUGCUGCUGCUGCUUACUGAAUCCCUCCACUUUCUCGAACUGGCCUCCGAUGCUGCUUUGGCCUGUGAAUUUCUACUUUUUCACUUUAAUUUCUUUUUGGUGCCCAGGACGGGACCUCUUCUCAGAAGCCACAAUUUAACUCCGAGGAGCUAAAUGUUGAGAGGCCGGUGCUAAGCUUAGCCCAAAUGAAGCAUGCUUCUCCUUUAUCUCAGAAAUCUGAUCCGUUUCUGGGACGUAGCAUUUUUUUUCCCCCUUGCUGAAGCAAGUUUUUGAUUGGGCAACCGGAGGCAUGAUUGAAACCAACUUGGAUUGACUGCUACAAAGCCAGAGGCAUUCCAGCAAGUGCAGUUGCCCGUUUUCUCUGUAACAGAGAGAUCCUUAUGUGGAGAUCCACAGCCUUGAGUAAGGACCCAAGAUCUCUGAGGUUCAGCGGACCAGAUUUCAAGGCAACCAAAACGAUACAGCUUCCUUGCUUACUUGACAAGCCAUUGGCGGGUGUGCUC